AUGCCGGCCUUGACCUUCUUCGCCGUCGCCGCCACCGCCAUUCGCGGAGGCAUAGGCGUCCGCGCUCCAGCUCUCAGUCUCCGUGCCACGCCGGCUGUGAGCAUGGGAGAGGCGGACGCCUCGCUGAUGGAGCUGGCGCGGCGGCGCGACUUUCAGAGCUUCGUGGCGCAGGCGCGCGACGAGCCUUCGAGCGUGCUCCAGCUCGUCAAGGAUGCGGGCGUUGCGGGCGCCAUCUCGUACACCGCCGUCGAGCUCACCUUCUUCGCCGUCGCGCUGCCCGUCGGGUACGUGGCGUGGCACGCGAGCACCGGCGAGUGGCUGCAACCGCUGCUGCUGCUGCGCGGCGAUGAUGUCGAGGGCAAGGCGCGCCUGCUGGGGCUGCUGCUCUCAUACGUCGUGCUGCUGAAGACGCUCUUCCCCGUGCGGCUCGGCAGCCACCCUCCUUGCCAGCGUCACGCUCUUGGCAGCACCCUCCUGCUAACGCCGUACACGCAGCGGCUCCUCGGCGGGCUCACGCUGCCCAGCGGCCGGGGCGCGGCCGCCCGCGGAUCGCUCAAGGCGGAGAUCCGCUCGCUGGCGGCGAGCUCGCGAGGGGGCGUGCUCCCGUUCGACGCGGCGCAGCAGCAGCGCUUCGACGCGGCGCUCGCGGAGCUGUCUGCGCUCAACCCGACGCCGGAGCCUGCUCGCUCGCCCUUGUUCUCGGGGACGUGGGAGUGCGUCUGGACGACGGAGAGCGAGCUCAACUUUGCCGUCGACAAGGGCCUCCUCGGCCUGCCCUGGCGGCGCACGUACCAGACGAUCGACGUGCCCAGAGGCGCGCUGACGACGCCCAGCACGCUCACGAACGUCAUCGAGUUCGAGGAGGGCGGUUUCCUGCGCGUCGGCUCGACCAUCUCCCCCGACGCCGAACGCGGCGAGCGGUUCUCCUUCUCCUUUGACUCGUGCGCGGUGCGGUGGCGCUCCCUCGAGCUGCCGCUGCCGCCGGUGGGCCGCGGCUGGGGCGAGCUGCUCUACCUCGACGACGAGUUACGCGUGCAGCGAGACGUGCGCGGCGACCUGCUCGUCGCGACGCGCGUCGGCUGA